GUUUCCAUUGUUUGUUUUUUUUUUCUUCGUUUGUUGCUCAUUGAACGAUAAACAAAUGAAUGAAAAAGAAGACGAAUCUCAUCACGUUGAAAAAAAGGCGGAAAAUGAACCCUCUACUGCUGAUGCUCCUAUGCAUUUAACAAAUAAUGAUGAAGAGGAGCAUUAUCAGCAACAAGAAGAGGAAGAUGGAGAAAUUGAACAAGAAAUGGAUGAUCAAGUAGGAACAACAAUGAACAAUAGUAGUAGUAUGAAUACAACGGAUGAUGAAAUUCUUUUAGAAGAUGGAUUACCUGCUUCUAUCCCGUUAUCCUCGCUGGCUGGACCUGCGCUUGUUAUGUCGCCAGAUCUGCCCAUGUCAGGUGAGGAGAUCAUUCCUGAUGAGGAUGUCAAGAAAAAAAGAGACAACUUUGAUUGGGCAGGCCGGGAUGAUGAAGAAGAAGAUGAAACAAAAAAGGGCAAAUCUAUUUCUCAAAGUAGUUUAUUUAUCUGUCUAUCGAAAAAUGCAUCUUAUAUUGCUUGGACUGGUGUGAUUCUCUUUGCCCUCAUCUUGAUUGCUGUUGAUGUUGCCAUCUUUGUUGUAUAUCGUGAUAAUGUAUCCAUGGUAUCUUAUAACUUGGAGGUCUGGUUUACUUUUUUGGCUUUUAUGUGGUGUAUUGGUUUCUUAUCACAGGUUGCAGUGGAACUGGUUCCUUGGGGUAUCAAAAAAUUAUUUGGUUAUCUUCGUCCACAAUCUACUGAAGUUCUACGUAUGCGACUUUCUUAUUUUAUGGCGUUAAGAUCUUUUAUCAAACUUGUUAUUAUCGCUGCUUGGACUUGGGGUUGCUGGGCCUUUUUGACAACUCAUGUGCCAUUACCUGCUAUUCCUAAUUCUGAUCCACUUAGGUUUGAAGAUAAGCCAUCCUAUAUUGGAGUAUUUUAUAGCAUCUGGGAAUGUGUUUUUUUCGCUUCCGUCUUAUUAUUUGUAGAAAAGUUUUUCUUGCAAUUGAUUGUGACCUCCUUCCACAAGAAAGCAUAUGGUAGUCGUAUUGAAGAUAACGAUAAAGCAUUAAAGAUUUUGGAUAAAUUGAAAAAGGUCAAACGAAAAAAUCCUCAAGAUUUCAUUUUUAACAAGAUUAAACGCAAAGCAAAAAAUAUCACUAGUCGAUCUCAAUCUAUGGAUGAAAAUGAUGUUAAAACGAAACAAAAACCACCAACAUCUAUUAUGAACAAUACUACAAAUGAUGAUAACGGCAAUAGUAAUAACAAUAAUAAUAAUGUUCGAUUUCCAAGUCAAAAUGUAGAUACAUUGAUUGCUAUCCCACCAUUGGAUGAUCAACAUGAAGAACAAAUUUAUGCCAGUCCUGAUGAUGCUGUUAUUUCAACUCCUCCACCAAAAUAUCGUCUUACUCAACAAAUAAAAAAUAAGAUUAAAUCUGGUGGUCGUAAAACGAGUCAAGAUUCUUCACAAACCGCUACUCAUAAUUCUUCAAGCGAUAAAGAACGACCUGCAUUCAUCCGUGCAUUCUCGACUGGUAGUACGAAUAUUAUCAAGUUUGGUGAAGACCGGAGUUCAUCUGAACACCCACGUAAAAAUUCGAAUAGCAGUUCUCAUCGUCCACGUAUGAUAUCAAGAGAUAACACCUUUUUAAAUACCACGGCUAUUCCAGGAAAAUUACUAAAAGGAGGUUACAACAAGAUCAAGUCCAAAUCUAAUGGUACCAGCAAACCAGGUCAUCAACAAAGCACAUCACAACAAGCAAAAGUACUAGCUAAACGAAUUUAUCAUAAUUUAAUGGGUCCUGAUCCAGCAAGAGAUUAUAUGGUUGAAGCUGAUUUGUAUCCAUACUUCCGCACACAAGAAGAAGCUGCUGCUGCCUUUAGAUUGUUCGAUAUUGAUGGUAAUGGUGAUAUCAGUAAACGAGAAUUACGUUCUGGUUGUAUUAGAAUUUAUCGUGAACGAAAAAAUCUUGCUCGUUCUAUGCGUGAUUUAUCUCAAGCUACGGGGAAAAUGGAUAUCAUCUUGAUGGUGAUUUUCCUUGUUAUCUGGAUCAUCAUCUUAUUGGCUGCAUUUGGUGUCAAUGUAGGCACAGAAUUGAUGCCUUUAUGGAGUGCUUUCAUUGCUGCAAGUUUUGUAUUUGGUAACAGUGCUAAAGAAGCAUUUGAUUCCAUUAUUUUUGUCUUUGUCACUCAUCCUUUUGACGCUGGAGAUCGUGUAUUUAUUGGUACUGAUAAUUUUGUUGUGGAUAAUGUUGGGUUAUUGGUAACCACUUUUAUUAAAUGGGAUGGUUCUGUUGUUUAUGUGAAAAAUGCCAUUUUAGCAGCAUUAUAUAUUAUCAAUAUUCGUCGAACAGGUCCAAUGGGAGAAACAGUUCCAUUGAAUGUCAACUUUAAUACACCGACUUGGAAAUUACAUCAACUUCGAGAACAUAUGUUUGAAUUUUGUAAUCAAUUUCCCAAGAUGUACGUACCAAAUUGUGUAUCUGCAACAGUAGUUUCAUUUGAAAAUCAAAACAAGAUCAAUCUCAGUUAUUAUUUCAGUCAUACCGAAAAUUGGCAAGAUCCAACUGGACGUAUGAUUCGUCAUAAUAAUUUCAUGUUGGAACUCAAAGAUGAAUGCGAGCGCUUAGGUAUUGAUUACACUUUGCCUCGUCAACCACUCGUUGAAGGUGAUCCAGGUGUCAAUGAUCGUCAUCACCCAUUAGAUAUUGCUCAUUUAUCAUCCGAUCGUACCAAACAAGAAGGGUUACAUCAACGUCAUGGAUAUCGAAAUGAUUAUAUGAUGGAUGAUGAGAUUAAUGAUGGUCGCUUGGGUACUGGUGGUAGUGGUACCAAUGGCGGAGCAGGUAACAGUUCAGGCUCUCCAGGUGGUGAUGCUGGUGCAUCUGCUGGUGCAGCAGCUGCUAUGAUGUUUGGAGCUAUAAUGUAAUAGUAAUAACAAUAAUUAUGAAAAAAAAAACAUAAAAAAUUAAUAAAGUGUUUACCCUUUUUUGGAAUUCCUACCAAAGAGCGGGGAUUUUUUUUUCUUUC